CCCACGAUUGACUUUGAUCGAUUAUACAUCAUGAUUGGCCCGGCACAUCGCUAGGUCCGGCGCUUGUAAGUCGGACCCGAGUCAGGUCUGCAGGCCUGCUAAGGGCUUCGAGGGGCCUGGCCUGGUUGUUGGGCCCUGGUCAGGGCUAAGUCAGGCCCGAGGUUCCUGAAGCCAGGCCCGAGCCCUGGCUUUUAGGCCAAGCCAGGUCCAGAUCAUCACUAGCUUUAAAAAUGAGCUUAGAGCAAGACGCCCAUAAUCCCUUCACCCUAAGUCAACCUCGGCCGUGUUCAACGCCACCAACUUCCAGUAAAAUGUCGCACCCCAUUCCAAGCACCAAACGCUUCCGAGUUUUUAGAGGUCACGAGAAAUCCAUACGCGCUGUCGCAGUUUUCCCCGAUAGACGAAUGGUCACAUGCUCGUACGACAAGACACUUCGUUUUUGGGACUUGAAGACAGGUAGAGCGUUGAAGAAGAUGGAAGGGCGUGCCGAGGUGGACACAUUGGCGGUAUCGAGAGAUGGGAAAGUAAUAGCAAGUGGUGAUGAGAAGGGACAUCUCAUCGCCCGGCACGGUAGAACUGGGGGAUCUCUCACCCACACUAUCAUAGCCCACUUCGAAAAGAUCUUAUCGUUGGACUUUUCUCCCGAUGGUACAGUGCUGGCGACUGGUUCAGCAGACUCGAACGAAACCACGAAGCUGUGGAACACGAAGACAUGGCAGGAGGACCUCGACAAUCCAAUAGAGUGUAGUGACAUUGUCUUCUGCGUUCGGUAUUCGCCAUCUGGCAAAUAUCUUGCCAUCGCAACAAGCAAGAAUAUCGAAAUCCAUAAUGCAGAGACGAGAGAACGCGUUGCGAUUAUCGAGGAUCUCAACUGGUCGCUCGCGUGGACGCCCGAUGGAACACGCCUCCUCUCAGGGGGCUCUAGUUUCGAUCCGACCAUACGAGAGUGGGAUGUAUCCACUUGGGAGCAGGUCGGUGAUGCCUGGGUUGGUCACACUGAUCUGAUCUACGCCAUUGCCAUUCAUCCUGCGGGCACACUCGUCGCUUCUGCAUCUUAUGACAGGCAUGUCCGUCUCUGGGGGCUCUCAGAUCGACGAACCAUCGCCAUCUUCCAGCAUUCAGCCCCGCUUUUUUGCGUCACUUUCUCCAUAGACGGAAAGCACAUCCUCAGCGGAGGCGAUGAUAAGAUGAUCUCAGAGUGGGAAGUACCCAAGGACGUCUUGCCAAAGGAAGCUCCCGAGAUCCUGGCACCAAAGACUCGAGAUUCUGAUUCAAAGAUCCUCAUUAUCACUACGACCGUGCGCAAGGCAUGCAUCGCAGGGGACUUAUCUGCGGCUGAAAAGAUACUCACGCAAGAGAUCCAAGCUGAUGCCAACAACAACACCUCCUACGCCAACCGCUCGCUUGUUAUGGCGCGUCAACUCGAGUGGGACCGUGCACUUCAAGAUGCAAUCAAGUCCCUCAGCGUAGAGCCCUCAUUGGCAGGUUAUCUUGCCAAAGGUAUCGCCCUCUGCGGGAAACGGCAGGUCUCGGACGCGACGAACGUAUUCAACGUCGCGUUCGCGUUCGCGGAUGGAGAUUCAAAGACGAAUCACUUCCUUUUCUUGAUCAAGGCCAUCGCGUUGUUCAAUGUAAACCACAAGGAAGAGGAAAUGUUACCUAUCCAAGAGCUAGCUACCCAUCCCAAUCCAGAUCCUCUCGCUGCUCGUGUCGUAGAAGCGUAUCUGCGAGUGCAGCUAGGAAUCAUUGCCAUGGAAGACAACCUUCACAAACAGGCCGCAGAACACUUCACUGCAGCUGUCAAAGCUGGUGUUUUCUUUUAUAAAUCGGACAUUCAUUCUAUGUACGAUGACUUUGUCGUGCUAUUCGGCUGGGACCUCAAGUCCUUGUGGCAAAUCGCGAACAAGAAACGCUGCCAUGCACUCGUUCGGGCAGGUCAAAUCGGAGCAGCCUUCGAAGCGUACCGAUAUAUGAUGGACAUGAGCGAUGAAGCUACGAAGGCCAUCUUCGUUGCUUGGACCAAUACUCUCAAUGGAGCAUAGGUCGAGUACUCCACUUCACCACACAGGAAGAUGUUGCCAUCAUGGCGAGCAAUGCGAUGUGCAUCUUGAAACAGAGAUAUCUGCGCCGUUCUGAUUUGUACCUCGACUCUAUAUGUAGCGAUCUCGCCCUUCGUACUUGUAUAGUAUGCUAACUUAUAACACGAACCGCAAUACUUCCACCCAGAUUCCCUAUGAAUUGUAUUGGUCGUCACCUUAAAGCGCUUUGCUGUAAAGAGGUUACCACCUUGCAAGCGC